UUUCAAGCAAAUACUUUCAUAUAUAAUUUUCAGAUAUCUCCAAAAUAUAUCAGCAUGACCCCAUUAAGUGUACAUGCGAAUACUACCAAAUAUACAUGCGAAUAGUACCAAAUAUACAUGCUAAUAUUUCAAAAUAUAAUUCUUAGAUACCUUCAAAUCUAAGUUCAUUCAACUCUGAAUUCCAAGGCAAAAAAAAAAAAAAAAAGACUUAUCACUUUAUCAGGCAUCUCUCCCCAUCAAAAUUCCUGCUUCCUUAGCUUGGUAUCAUGAUCCAUGUAUUCAUAUAUGUUUUAAGAGAUUUUGCAAGACUUGUAUUUGAAAUUAACAAGAGUAAUGGAAAACAAAAAGAAGGAAUUGCUUGGACCAAACAAAGGUUUAUUGCAGAGCCCAGAGUUGUAUCAGUAUAUCCUAGAGAGUAGUGUGUUACCAAACGAACCAGAGCUUCUUGAGGAGCUAAGGGCUGUCACAGCAAGCCAUCCCAGGGCCUAUAUGGGAACAGCCCCGGAUGCAGGCCAGAUGGUGUCCAUGAUCUUACAGCUGGAGUAUUGCCCGAGAUGUUCUACCUACUAAAAACGAAUCAAAACGAAUCAAAACAAACAGGCACGUUUGGUUUUUUUAUUAUCCGUGCAUUAUUAAAUGUGUGUGAAUAUUACUACUACCAAAACUUUUGUCAGAUAUCU